GAUUCCGGUGGCUAUCACAGUCACAUGCAAAUGUAUAUUUAUUAUUGGAGGCCCCUAUUUUGCCGGCCCCGGUCCAGUUCCCCUUAUACGGCGUCGUUUGGGUGUGCGACUAUUGUCUCUUCCCUUCCUUCGUCGGUUACUAAAAACACAAAUUAUCUCUCUCUUUCUUCUUCUCCGUGUUCUUCACACUGAGUUGACCCAGUCUUCCUAACUCGCUCUCUACACUCAGCUACUCGUCGCAUCGCAUUCUCUGCAUUUUUCCUCCGAUCACACACAUUCUCUCUCUUCAUCUGACUAUAGCUGACAGGGAUGUCAGAGAAAGCUCUUAGGGAUCUCAAUACGAUCCCUGGAACUGAAAAGAAGAAUGAGGAUUCCAGUAAGGCGUGUUUAACCAAGCCUUCUGUUGACAAUGCUGAUGAAAAUAUUGAAGAACGGCAUCAGAAAAAGAAUUGUUCCUCCUUGGUUACUCCAGUUGUUAAUGGAAAUCAGGCUGUGACUGCUAAUUCUGGUGUGGAGAUUGGAAAUGCAGAAGUAGAAUACAUUGAAUCUGAGAACUUGAGUGAUCUAGAAGAUAUUGAUACUUGUCUCAAGACCCUCUUAGAUGGACUUGACUCAAAGGAUUGGGUCCUGGUUUGUGAAGCCCUAAAUAAUGUACGCCGGUUAUCUAUAUUUCAUAAGGAAGCAAUGCUUGAUAUGUUGGAAGAUGUGAUCACAUCUAUUGCAAAGUCCCUGAAAAGUCCAAGAAGUGCUGUUUGCAAAACUGCCAUUAUGACAUCUGCUGACAUUUUCAGUGCAUAUAAUGAUCUUAUAAUAGAUUCACUGGACCCUCUGCUAGUACAGCUUCUUCUCAAGGCUUCACAGGACAAACGUUUUGUAUGUGAGGCAGCUGAAAGAGCCUUGAUAUCAAUGACUACGUGGAUUUCCCCUAUUUCGUUAUUGCCAAAAUUGCAACCGUACCUUAAGAACAAGAAUCCUCGUAUCCGUGCAAAGGCAUCAAUGUGUUUUUCUAGAAGUGUUCCACAACUGGGUGCAGAAGGCAUAAAGACAUAUGGUAUUGACAAAUUGAUCCAAGUAGCUGCAUCACAGUUGAGUGACCGGCUCCCUGAGUCCAGGGAAGCAGCCCGAGCUCUACUUCUUGAGCUUCAAAAUGUGUACGAGAAAUUUCAUGAUCUCAUGCCAGCUACUGUCAAUGAGCACCCUGUCAACGAGCACCCUGUCAACGAGCAUUCUGUGAAUGAGCACUCUGUCAACGAGCAUCCUGUCAAUGAGCAACCAGAGACGAGUACUUGGGAAAGCUUUUGUCAGUCAAAACUUUCUCCUUUAAGUGCUCAAGCUGUUCUUCGUGUGACCAGUAUCGCUCGGGAGGGUCUUGUUUCAUGACACGCACAUUAACUUCAGUUAGCGGACUUCAUGAUUUCCUGGUUUGCUUAUCAUUUUCUUCUGUAAAUACAGUGCGAUAUUGAGAUAUGAUAUGAUAUGAUUGAGUUGUUGUCGAAGCACGUAUUGAGCCGAAGAUUUAUAAUGUAUUAUUUUUCCCCUAGUUGUGGUUACCUACGUUACUUUUGAUUAAUAUUUGAUAGAUAUAUAAAUUACUUUAA